UAGGGGACAGUGGACGGGUGCAGUGUAACGGGGUCGGGAGACACUGGGACACCGCCUUUAACCGAGAGGAUUUAAUCAUUAACCACCAUUAACCAUUAAGACAGCUGUCCAGAGCCGGAACCGCACAUGACGCGUGCGUACCGGCGCCUGAACGCGUUACCAAGAGGUGAAGGAUACAUAUAGCCACACGGAGUCCCGGUGCUUCUGCUAUCUGGACCGAUGACAACAAAAGGUGGCUGUCCACUCUACUUGGAGAAGUAACGUUUCUGUGGCCAGUAACUCAAUCCCCCUUCUGCAGACCUUUAAAUAUCUUUCUUGAAGCCGUCCAGCAGUCACGUGGUGUAAGGUGAGCCAUUCCCAGCCCAGUACAAGGACCAGUCUGACAUGAUCAGAGGACUGACAGCAUGACCAAUCUGCACUGUAAUCAGGCCACUUCAGACCUAUGAUUUCUUAUCCUCUCUAGUUUGUACUGAACUUUGAAGGACUGUGUAGAAGUGACUGAAGGGGAUUUCUGUGCUUAGUCUCUGAGCUCCGUGAUUUCCAACCUGUUUGGAACCUGUACACCUUGUUCUCUUUUUGCCUGCCUUCCCUUAGCACCUUGCAGUGAAUGGAGAACAUACUGGUCCUGCUCCCAAAGCACAGAGAGGAACACGGGCUCUGCAGACACACGCCUGCAUGUGCCUUGCUCCAGGGUUUUUCCUACAGAUCACUUGUCUCCUUUUUAUUAGUGAUCCCAACUUUCAGUAAGCCUCUUUAAUGGGAUAAAUCAAUUGGACUGAUCAGGUUCCAAGCCAGAUCAGAAUUCCUUUCUGACUUUCCAAAAACUGCUAGGCCAAGGCAUUCUGACCAUUUUUUGUCAAGCCCACUGUCUGCUAAAGGCUUCCGCAUGGUACUUUGGUCGAAAGAACAAGAUAAACUCCCCGACAUCGACAUGUCCUCUGGGGCCAUUGAGAUGAAGAAGGAGGGAGGCCCCCUGACCCCGGCCUUCCUCAACUCCAACUGCUCCGUCCACCCGGUGAUCGUCACCAAGGGCCCCGAGGAGGUGAACCCUGAGACUGGGGGCGAGUUUGAGCUCACAGAGGUCACAUCUUUCACAGAGAGGGCCAGUGAGACUGGGGAGAAUGAGGAGAGGCCAGAGAUUGUGGUGACAAUAGACUGCCGGGCCAAUGCCAAAGGUCAACGGGAAGAGGAUGCACUCUUGGAGAAUGCUAGCCAGAGCAAUGAGAGCGAUGAUACCAGCACUGAUCGGAGUCCUGAACCACCAGCGCCCCUCAAGGAAACCUCCUUUUCCAUUGGCUUGCAGGUGGUGGUCCCCUUCCUGCUGGCCGGGUUUGGGACAGUGGCAGCGGGAAUGGUGCUAGACAUUGUCCAGCACUGGAAGGUGUUCACGGAGGUGUCGGAGGUGUUCAUCCUAGUCCCAGCACUUCUCGGGCUUAAAGGCAACCUGGAGAUGACGCUGGCCUCCAGACUUUCCACAGCGGAGUCUGAAGUGGGAGUGUGCGGGAUGGGAGGUGUCCUCAGCGAUGCUGAUGGCUCUACGGGACUCAUCAUGAUCGGUGUGAUCGUCGCAGCCAGAAAAGUUGGCAUUAACCCUGACAACGUGGCCACACCCAUCGCUGCAAGCCUGGGAGACCUGAUCACCCUGUCCCUACUGGCAGGCAUCUCAACAGGACUGUACACGGAACUAGAAUACAAUGACUAUGCCAACCCACUGGUAUGUGCAGUGUUUGUGGCCAUGUGUCCCCUAUGGGUGCUGAUAGCCAGGAAGAUUCCAUCCACCAGAGAAGUCCUCUACUCCGGCUGGGAGCCAGUCAUCAUUGCCAUGGCCAUCAGCAGUGUUGGCGGGCUGAUCCUUGAUAAGACUGUGACCAACCCAAACUUCACCGGCAUGGCUGUCUUUACCCCAGUGAUCAACGGUGUGGGAGGUAACCUGGUCGCAGUGCAGGCCAGUCGAAUCUCCACCUAUUUACACAUGGGGCUACCCAUGGAGGAUCCCAACCCCACACCCAGGAAGUGCCCCACACCCUGCACCACCUUCUUCGGCUCCACUGUGAACUCUCGCUCAGCCCGCGUGCUCUUCCUCCUGGUCGCCCCAGGUCACAUCGUCUUCCUCUACACUAUCAACUCCCUCAGGGGGGGACACACCACUCUAACAUCCAUCUUCAUCACCUUCUACCUGGCUGCUGCACUACUCCAGGUGAUGAUCCUCCUCUAUCUGGCUGACUGGAUGGUCCACUGGAUGUGGGGCCGAGGAAUGGACCCUGACAACUUCUCCAUCCCCUACCUGACCGCUCUGGGUGACCUGCUGGGGACCGGCUUCCUUGCCCUAUGCUUCCACAUGCGCUGGUUCAUUGGGGACAGAGACACUAACGUGGGCGACUGAAUGCAUGCACCGAAAGAACUUCACAUACUGUACGCUUUCACAUACGGACAGUGACAAACAUCACCUGUAUGCCUGGACACGAUCUGAAACUGAUCAAUUAAAGGGCUAAUCUCCUGAAGGGCUCCUACUGAUGGAACAGUACACUUAUUGGACAGUGGCGUUUCAUCUUCAGGAUAUCUGGACAGUAGUGCACCACAGCAGCGAACCAGGAUCCAGACAGUGUUUCACCACAGAAACAAUUAGGCACAUACUGUAUACCUCCACUUUAACCACCCAAGAAACGUUCACCUGAUGGCUCCCAGCUCCACAGAUUCCACUCCUCCUCCUUUAUUUUACUUAAUAAAUGAGUCAUACUACUUCUGUGACUAUUGUACUAUUGAUAGUAAUUAUUAUUGUUGGUAAAAUAAUUUGUUGAUAUGAAUGAUAGCUGUUCUAUGUGAAGGGCCAGUCCUCAUUAUUUUCAAUGGGGACCUUAGCCCUCCCAGUUUAAAAAAAAAUCAGUUCGUAACACUUGAAACUAAGACGACAAAGGUCAGCAAAAAUAUAUCCAAACAAGCCUAGAAUUCUUAAUCACCAAGUGCUAUGUCAAAUAUACAGAAAGAAUAAUCUAUGAAAUUUAAUGUCUAAUUUCUGUUUAGUGGAGUGCAUAGGGCUAGUUGACAUCUCAUUUUACUUUGGCUUGGAGUUGAAGGAAGCAUGCUUAGGGGGGUUUUAUUACAGGGGACUGGACCCACAGACAUAAGCUAAAGCUUAAGGUUGUAAUUCCUACACUUCCCCUCUCACAAUGAUCUGAUCCCAGUCCAGCAAACUCCUAAAUCAAUGACAAACAUCACCCUUAUACCUGAACAUGGUCUGAAACUGGAUGUCUACAAUAAAAGGGCUAAUCUCCUGUAGGGUUCUGAUUGAUGGAAUAGACCACUUAUAGCUGUAACAAUACUGGUAAGGUGCAAUGUAAGUUGUAAUGUCGUGAUUCCUGUACUUACUCCCCUGAAAUUCUGGAGUCAGGAAUCAGAGGUCACAGUCCAGCAAACACCAGUCAGCCACUACAGGAAUUGCUUUACCUCUGAUCCUGUUGGCUAUUCAGGAUCACCUUAAUGACUAUUGAAGCAUGUUUGUUAAUUAAGACUGUGCUCACACAAUAGUGUGUCUUUUAUCUCUCAAACCUCCUCUAGAGUUCCAGAGGUUACACGUCUUCUACUAAAUGCACCCAUUAUGAAAUGAGUCAUGUUCUUUCAUUUAAAAGUGAGCAAAUACACAGAAACAGUGGAAAACUGUAUGUGGGGAAAUGGCCAGACAACUGUUGGUUAAGAAGGAAAACGCACACCUCACUGUUUGUAGGCAGCUCACUAUGGGUUAUGGGUGUUUUUUGUUUGUUUGUUUUUUUUAACUAAGAGAUUAGAGAGCUCUUAUUUUGCUGUGGGCUAUUCCAGGUGAGAAUAGCACUAGUCUCUCUAUUUGAACUCAUCAGCCACCUGUCGGUUGGAGCAGGCUAGUUGUUGUUAUAGUCGUGGUUGUUGUGGUUGCAGGCUUACAGUAAGUGACAAGAGGCUUGUCAUGCUGCAAUGCACUGGAACAAACCUGCAGAGCUUACUAAACUCACAUGCUCACAUGUGUCAAAUUGUGUUAAGCCGCCUUAGCCAGGAUGUGCUCACUUGGGUUCCGCUGGCACAGUAUGUUGCUGCCAUUUGAGAUCUUUAGAUACUUAACUUUUAUUCCCAUGAAACAUUUAGACCAUGUUGGACCAGUGAAGACAGACUAACAACAGUCUUUGAAGCUGGUAACCGUUAGGUCAUUUUUGACUACCGGAGGAAGCAGUGGCAAACCUUUUUAGUAUUGUUGUGUUGGUAUUAGUGUUUUUGUAGCCUUUAGAUUCAAAUGUUAUCUGAGGGCUGAGUCACACCAGCAUAUAAAACAGCAAAAUUUAGUAACUUAAUCAGCUGACUCCAAUGGGACUGAACUUACAACUAAAUAUAUUGCGUGGUAACAGUUGAGGGACCAGAAAGAAAAGUGCUAUAGCUACUGUAGCAUAGUUUGCACAAUCAACUUGUAGUCAGUUGUCCCUCCUCUGUUACAAUAUAAACUGCUCCAUAAAGGAGGAAAGGUCUGUAGACAGUUGUGAAACAGGAUUUGAUGGUAAAAAUACAUCUUUUAAAUAAACAGUAACCCUAUUAGCAACCGAGAGUUCUCCAAGCUAACAAGCUUGCAGUUUGCAGGUCUCAUUAGCUCAAAGAACGUGUAUCACACUUAUUGAAUGAAAUGCUUUACAGUUUUGUGAACAAAAUAAAAUGCCAGGGGUGAGUUAAGGCACGGUACAGAAAAAAUAGAAAGGAACUCAGCUAAGCUUUUGUGUCUGGCAGGUGCUAGGUGGUUUCCAUCUUGCUAAUUUGCACAGGGCUUUUGCAUACCUUACAACUCAGAUUAAUUCUGUCACACUUGACUAGCUGCAAACCAUCUUGACAGUGUUGACAAUAGAGGAAACUGGGAGUAGCUAACAUAUUAGUGGCUUUACAGAAACAUAUCCGAUGCUUUCUGCAAUAGUAGUAUGAGCUUUCUGCUCUACCAAAAUGAGUCUGUAGUGAGAUGUAAGACUGAGGUUGAUGGAAGAAAUACAUUUCCUUUCAUUUCCCCAACCUUUCAGCACCUCACAGACACAAUUGACUUUACUUUGCUACUCUCUGGUGUGACUGAGCACUAGGGGAAAUUUCAUUGUAGGUUACAGUAAAAAUCUGGAUUUUUUUUUUUCUCACAGGACAUAAAAAUAACUAAAUAAGUAGUACUGAUCUCUCUGGUCACAGAGGAACCUGACCUAGAAGUGCAUUAUUGACUGGAUUAUGAUUAUUCCAACCACAGUUUAACUUGACUGCAUGCCUUACCCACACAAAACCUAUCUUCCACCAGACUCAGCUGACCCGAGCUGCCUCUCCCUUUGAGGACUUACUGUAUAUGUGAGGAGGAGGAGAGUGAAAGGCGAAAUCAUGAGUAAUCUUGACAGUCUGUAUCAAGUACAUCAUUGGUUCAGAGGUGAUGUCCAGUGUCUUAGGAGAAACCUGUAUGUGAUGUUUAACUUAUCAAGUGCUUGUCAGUCUAAUGUGCUGUUUUGAAGGGGCCAGCAACAUGCAUGUGCAGGGCACAUAGUGUGAAUGUGCAAAACUUGACUAUUUUAUAUGUCAAAAAUGUUUUGUUUUGGUCUGAUCAGUUUUUUUGAUAAUGUUACAAUUGUGAUUUUUUUCCCCUUUUCCUUUCCUCCUUUCCCUAACUGUUUUAACUCUUCAUAAUUGUUGCUUUGUGUCAUGAAUUUCACCAAGAAAACAUCCACUGUAAAGACGAAGCAACUUCUUUGACAUUUGUCAAAUGCACAAAGUACUGUAAUCUGCAAAAUGGACACCAGAGGGCACCACACAGUUCCUUUUAACUGAACUGUCCUCAAACCCAUGUGUUCACCCAGAGGGACAUUUAUAUUGUCUUCUGUUCUACAGCGUUUGACUUGUUGUAAAAGUUUUAUCCUUCCAUCUCUGUAUACUCCACUCUACUGACCAGGUGCCAGCGUUCUGCCUCUACGUCAAUGGAAAGUUGUGAAUACUUCUAUAAGGGGGCAAGUAAUGCUUUGUCUAUUUAUUUUAGAAGCACACAAAGCAAAUUGUACAUACUAUAUUUAUUCUAUAUAUAAGGUUGUUUAUUUUGUCAUUUCAUUCUGUCUCAGUUUCUUUGUCACCACAUUGUCAUUUUUCUCUUCUCUUUUAUGCUGUUUUUUUCUUUGCAAAAGUCAGUAGAGGUUUUUGGCACUUGCUGCAAUAGAAUGGUGGUGAGGCUAAUGAAUAGCGCCAUGCCUAAUGCCAGUAUUUACGCACUUCACACAUAUGCACACAUACCCUGUGUCACACAGGAAAGGCAUACUUAUAAAACAUGGAAUGGCCUUAACCUAUCAGAGCCAAGCUCAACUCAGAGUAACCAAUCAGGAGCUAGGUUCGUCACAGAGUAGUUUAUCUCGUUAGAUCUGAUUAAUAAAAGAUGUACAGUAAGUUGAUUUAGAAUGUGUAAUAUACAAUGCAGUGGUACAGAGGAGGGCUGGUAGCAUCAUCAUCAGCUUUUCAUGUGAAUCUGCAAAAACGAAGACUUCACUAGGUUAAAUUUACAGGGCAUCUGAAAGCUCUGGAAUCAAGGUAAACACCAGAGAAAGAAAAUAUCAACCUACAGACAUAGGCCAGAAAACCUGAAAAACAAGUGCAUAAUGACAAAACAAAGUGUUAGAUCUCCUUAGGAUUCCAGAUGUUUCAUCCCUGUACUGUAUGUAACAUACAGAGCCUUUUAAAAGCAUCACCCACCUACUGCCUUAUUAACCUCAGUGCUUCAAACCCUUGAGCCCCUGAACUCACAGGGAGACCACGGUGAUCCUCAGGCUGCAUCUACAUCAAGACGGAGCUUUUGAUUCAGACUCUAACUUCCACCUGUCCUGAUGUAAAAACAUGUUCGGUCUUACUGGGACUGAGGUCUUUGUGUUCUCUGUGUGUUCUUCUUGUAAAAGCCCUCCCUCUGUGAGGCAGGAGGAAGGAGUUCUCCCUGCAGGAUUUUGUAAAUUGCUUGAAAUAAAGGACUAUAUUAUUUCAUACCA